ACGCUCAUCGGCACCACUUUCGAGGCGUGAAGCUUAGCUUAGAAACAGAGAGAGAGAAUGCCGCUGUCUUAUUGUGUAGCAGAGAGAAAGCCCUGCGUGCGUUGGGUUGAGAAGUAUUUCAAGGACUGCCUCUGCAAUCUCGGCGAUGAUUUCUCCUUCGGUUUUGGACUCGUCAGCUUGGUUUGCUGGGGAGUUGCAGAAAUCCCUCAGAUCAUCACCAACUUCCAGACCAAGUCUAGCCAUGGAGUCUCUCUUGCUUUCCUCCUCACUUGGGUUGCCGGGGAUGUGUUUAAUCUGGUGGGAUGUCUUCUGGAACCAGCAACCUUGCCUACCCAGUAUUACACAGCUGUUCUUUACACAAUAAGCACUAUAGUGUUGGUGUUGCAGACAAUAUACUAUGAUCACUUCUACACAUGGUGGAAAUGUGGCAAAGUCUCGGUCAACCAAGCAACACAAGAUGAAGAAGAAGAUUACAGAAAACCAUUGAAUCCUAAGUCGAUUGAUUCAGGCAUCCCAAUACCGACUGCUUCAAUCAAAGCCGCUCCUAGAAGGGAGUUCUACUAUACGUCUGCUAGAUCGAUGGCUGGUAGUGGCACUCCGCCAUUUCGAACGUAUAUGAGGGUGGCCAAAAGUGGUCCUUCUACAAUGGAAGUAGAGAGUGACUCAUCUUCUGAGGACGAGUCGGCUCCAGUUACAUCUAAGAAAUCUGUUAGGACUUCCCAACCCAGGCCAAUUCCAAGAUCGGUAGGUUAUGGGGCAUUUUUAGCUACAUCAUUAAAUUUGCCUUUCAGAAGCAAGGGAAUGACACAAGUAUUAUACAUGGGAAUUACUGGGAGGAAGCUAUUGCAGGAACACUCGGUGGAGCAUAGUGUUUUUGGGCAAUGGUUGGGGUGGCUGAUGGCUGCUAUAUACAUGGGUGGUCGACUACCUCAGAUUUGGUUAAACAUUAAAAGAGGGAGCGUGGAGGGAUUGAAUCCUUUAAUGUUCGUCUUCGCACUGGUUGCAAAUGUUACUUAUGUGGCUAGCAUACUUGUAAGAACGAUCGAGUGGGAUAGCAUUAAAGCCAAUAUGCCAUGGUUGCUCGAUGCUGCAGUUUGCGUGGCACUUGACUUAUUUAUUAUACUGCAGUACAUGUAUUACAGACACUGGAGGGAGAGUGCUACAAGUGGUGAUGAGGAAGACAACAUAUACUACAAGGAACAAGACAAAGCUGUAGGCGCUUAAUGGAUUGAACACUGCAAUCGAGCAGUAUAUAUGCCGGCUGAAAAUCCAGAGCUAGAGUCUAGAUCGAUCGUUGUUAAUCAUAACCUUUGUGUCAUGCAUAUCCUUUUUUUUGGUCAAUGCAUAUCCUUGCUACGUACUAUAUACAUCGCUUGGGGAUUUCUUCUAGCCUUUUUUUUUUUGGAUAAUGUGGGGAUUUCUUCUAGCUAAUUGUUCUAAUAGAACGAUCUUUAAUUAAUUUGUAUUAUAUUUUUCUUUUGGGUUUGGCAACCACGUACCAACAGUCAUCGACCGCCAUCACCUGUUCACCAGUACAACAAUGGCUUUGGAAUCCCUCCAACUUGUGGCCGAGCCAUUGGUUUUGACAACAAAGUUGAAGUGAAAGACGGUGUUCUGAAUAUCAUUCUUCGCCUGAGCGCCUGAUUCAGUUGAGGACUGAACCGAGUCAUUAGCUAGUCAUGUUGAUCCGGUGGACUUGGUAGUCUUCUCUCCACCGGUGCUUGUAGUGGCACUAGUGUAGGAUUGCCAAAGCCUUUUUCGUCACCUUUUCAAGGGGCAUGAUUGACCAAUGCGAAAGAUGAUAAUUCU